CUCCUUCCCGCGCUGUCUAAAAUCCCUCUGUUACACGCAAACAGUGCUUCGCGCAAAUGCCCAUCAAAAAUGGCAGAACCUUGGGAGGAAGCUCUAGACCUAGACGAUUCUGAUCUCUCUUCUCUCCGCCCUUUCAAACACCGCAAAACCACCACAGCUGCCACUUCUGUUUCUGUCUCUCAACCAUUUCUCCACCGCUGCACUCUCUCUCAAUCCUCCCAAAACUCCCAAAAUCUUCUCUCCCAAUUCCAUCCUCCACCACCACCCAGUGCCUCUCCUAUCCUCAUCCCUGGCCCCGCCGGAACAGUUCAAGCUGCCAUGCUCCGCCGUCGCAAUAAUCAAAAUGAUGGAAAUUUCACCGGUGAUUUUGGUGAAGAGCCAAUCCCUACCCAGGAGUACAUUAGGAGAGUUGUGGAGGAAGGUGUUCCUCAAGACGAUGAUGAUUUCACCUCCGACCCUUGGCUUUAUGCUGUGAAUUUUAUUCGUAGCCAAGGGUUGGGAUAUGGUGAUGGUGCAAUUGGGAUUCCUCUGAGUGCGGUAAAGAGCAGGAAUAAAAUGGAUAGAGUGGCUCAGGUUGUGGCCAUUGUUAAAUCUUGCACUCCCAAUGGCUUUGGCGAUAUGAUGGUAACUCUAAAGGAUCCAACGGGUACGAUUGAUGCCACCAUUCAUGGGGGAGUUCUCACCGAGGGGGAGUUUGGGAAGAACAUAUCUAUUGGAUCCGUUAUAAUACUGCAAAAGAUUGCAGUUUUUUCGCCUUCACGCUCUGCUCAUUAUCUCAAUAUCACACGUAGCAAUAUGGUCAAGGUCAUCUCCAAGGAUAGCGAACUUUCACUAACACAUAAUUGUGCUGCAUCAACAGUCAAACAUGCUGCUCCCAUGUCUGAUGUGCACAAUUUGACUGCCUAUUCAAUACUUGCAGAGUACAAUGAAAAAUCAUGGAUGCCGAAUUAUCCAUUGUCUUUGUCACAAGGAAGGACUGAAGGAAUCAUGAACAGUCUCAGACAAAAUGCUAAUAAAAGAGGAAGUUCACUUGAUCAACACAUGGAAAGGGACAAUGCAACAAGAGACAGCUGCCAUGGCAAUGGAAACAAUGAAGACCAAAAUGUUGUUGCUGGGAAGCAGAAUGGAGCUAAUGUAACAGCGGAAGUAGCUGAUGGAACAGAUCAAGAUAAUAAUGGUAAAGCAGUGGUAUGUGAGCGGCUAAACCCUUCAAGUCAGGCAGGAAGGGGUAAUCUGUCGGAAGGUGACCAAUAUGGAAGUGCUGCAACAGGCUUAAUUGACGUCUUUGACAAUCAAGAAAUUGGAAAUAUUGAUGGACCUAAGUGGAGAAGGCCACCUUCUUCCAGAGUUUCAGUCCCGCAGUGGACAGACGAACAAUUGGAUAAGCUUUUUGCAUUGGAUUGAGUAGGUUUUAUGUAGAUCUGACUCUCUGUCGGUCCAUAUUCAGGAGAUGAAAUCAAAUUUUGAACUGUAAAGAUUAUACAUGUAUGCUCUGUCUUUGUUUUGUUUUGCUUGUAUAAUCUGUAAUUUUUUUUUUCUAGUUUGUAUAAUCUGUAAAGAUGAAUGUGUACCAAAUUAUCAAUUAUAAACAUCAUCGAAUGGCUUGUUUCCAAGG